UGAGCCUGGCCCUCGCACUCGGAGCUCCCGGGGGGCUGGGCUGGGCUGGACUCACUUCCUAGCCAUGGGCUUCUCUGCCCUGGUCGCCAGCGCCCUGUGCACCUUCCUGCUGCCCCUGCUGCUCUUUUUGGCCGCCGUCAAGCUGUGGGACCUGUACUGUGUGAGCAGCCGGGACCCCAACUGCCCACUCCCGCUGCCUCCGGGCACCAUGGGGCUCCCCUUCUUCGGGGAGACGCUACAGAUGGUGCUGCAGAGACGGAAAUUUCUGGAGAUGAAGCGCAGGAAAUACGGCUUUAUCUACAAGACUCACCUUUUCGGGCGGCCCACGGUGCGGGUGAUGGGCGCCGAGAACGUGCGGCAUAUCCUGCUGGGCGAACACCGGCUCGUCUCCGUGCAGUGGCCCGCCUCGGUGCGCACCAUCUUGGGCUCGGGCUGCCUCUCCAACCUCCACAACGGGCAGCACAAACACCGCAAAAAGGUGAUCAUGCAGGCCUUCUCCCGGGAUGCCCUGCAGCACUACGUGCCCGUCAUCCAGGAGGAGGUGAGCGCCUGCCUGGCGCAGUGGCUGGGCACCGCCGGGCCCUGCCUGCUGGUGUAUCCCGAGGUGAAGCGCCUCAUGUUUCGCAUAGCCAUGAGGAUCCUGCUGGGAUUUCAGCCCCGCCAGGCCAGCCCGGACGGUGAGCAGCAACUGGUGGAAGCCUUCGAGGAAAUGAUCCGCAACCUCUUCUCCCUCCCUAUUGAUGUGCCUUUCAGUGGGCUCUACCGGGGCUUGCGGGCACGCAACAUCAUCCAUGCCAAGAUCGAGGAGAACAUCCGUGCUAAGAUGGCCCGCAAGGAGCCUGAGGGUGGCUAUAAGGAUGCACUGCAGCUGCUGAUGGAAUACACACAGGGCAAUGGUGAACAGCUCAACAUGCAGGAACUGAAGGAGUCUGCUACAGAGCUGCUGUUUGGGGGCCACGAAACCACUGCUAGUGCUGCCACAUCGCUAAUUGCUUUCCUAGGGCUCCACCAUGAUGUCCUGCAGAAAGUGAGGAAAGAGCUGCAGGUGAAGGGGUUACUAUGCAGUCCCAACCAAGAGAAGCAACUGGACAUGGAGGUCUUGGAGCAGCUGAAGUAUACAGGCUGUGUUAUCAAAGAGACCCUCAGGCUGAGCCCGCCUGUUCCUGGAGGAUUUCGAAUUGCACUCAAGACCCUUGAGCUAAAUGGUUACCAGAUCCCCAAAGGCUGGAAUGUUAUUUACAGUAUCUGUGAUACCCACGAUGUGGCGGAUCUCUUUACAAACAAGGAUGAAUUUAACCCAGAUCGCUUCAUGUCUCCAUCUCCAGAGGAUUCCUCCAGAUUCAGUUUCAUUCCUUUUGGUGGAGGCUUGAGAAGCUGCGUGGGCAAAGAGUUUGCAAAAGUCCUUCUGAAAAUAUUUACAGUAGAGCUGGCUCGGAGCUGUGACUGGCAGCUGCUGAAUGGACCUCCUACAAUGAAAACAGGCCCUAUAGUGUACCCUGUGGACAAUCUGCCUACCAAAUUCAUAGGUUUCAGUGGCCAAAUCUGAGAGCUCAGCACCUUGCCUCCAGUUGGAUUUCUCUAUAGCUUCUGAUAUGUACAUAGUAACUUUUUGUAGUA